AUGUUUACCGGGUGUUUUGUCCAGGAAACGGCCCAAAAACAACCUGUCACAGGUCGCGGGCUGUCUGGAGCCGCAGUCGCGCGCCUGGCCUGCGCGCUUGGUCGCGUGCGCUCUUCCGACUCGGGUUUGGAGGGAUACCCUCUGAGCGUGGACUCAGAGGUUACAUAUACCCCCAAGUCCUACAUUGUCACCGCCACCUCGUCUUCCCGUCUUCUCGUUUCUUCGAUCGGAUCGACCAUCGUACGAAUCUUCUUGUCAGGUCAUUCGACCGAUGCGAGGGGCACCACUUGGGCCUCACCCAGGCUUGAAACUCCCAACCGCUGCUUCUCAUUGGUUGGAACUGGAGCCUACCACUCCAGGCAAAUGGAAUCGCCAUGGGUCACUCUUCGAGGCUUCGGGCCGAACGCUCGACAGUUCUUCCUGGCUUCUCUUGGUCAUCGGCGCGGUCCUGGUCUAUACUAG